GGCAUGGAGGUUGCUUUUUAUUCAUCAAGUUAACUUUCUCUUCUUCCCCCUUCCCCUCCCCACACCACUUUAGUAUGCCUCCUGGCUAAAAACCAUUUGACUUUAUUUUCUUCAUUUGAAAAUUCCACCCUUCCCCAAACCCGAAUUUAGGAUUGAAGCGGCCACUGGUAAAGGUUUGCGGAUUGUAUACAACUGCAGCAGCAUCACCUGACAGAGAACACUAGAGAGAAGCAUGGCCAGCAAAUCAGAACAAGAAAGCCAAGCCAAAGAGCUGACGCUUCCUGAACUUGGGAAGGCCAAGAAUGUGGCUUUCAGUGGGGAGAAACCCCAGGAGACAAUGAGGAAAGACUUUCCAUGGAAGGAAAUCUUCACGGAGAAAGUAGAGGAGAGAUCGCUGGCAUUGCAGCAGAAAGAAGUGCAAAAGAGGAACCUGCAGAAGACAAGAGAAGAAAAGAUGAAAAAGAAAGUUCCCAUAGAUGCCUUGACCAAGGAGUGGUUCAAUGAUGAAAAUGUGACACUUGAUACUCGGGCAUAUCUUCUUGACAAACUGUUACCCACAUUAGUCCCCGGAGUGGAAAAAUUGCUAAUGGAAGUGGAAAAAAGGAAGGUGCUAGAAACUGAUAAAAUUCCACCCAGAUUCAACUCAGUGAAUUUCCUAGGAGAAUAUUUAAUGAGACACAAUCCUGAAUUUCACAAGGUUUCUGAGGUGUCUGGCUAUCAGAGGGGGAUGAAAGAAGCCAUGGAGGAGAUGAAAACACAAGUGCCAGACACUCCACUUAACAAAAUAGCCCUGAUGAAGGAGGAAGUAAGAAAGAAGAGGAAAUGGAGAGACCAGGUGGAUGAGAUCAAGAGUAAGGUGAAGGAGAAGCGGAAGGAAGCUCUGGCAGUGCAGUUCCAGGAGUGGAUUUUGGAUGUCAAUGGAAAGAUCCCACUUGCAAUAGUCCAGAAUGCACUCCGCUCAUUUCUGGAUACACCAGUGGGAAAUGAAGCAGGAUCGUAUGCCAUGGCACUGGAAAUUGUAGACACACUAGAACAAAGGUUGAAUGAAGAAGAAUUUUUGGAGUGCGUUCAUUCACAUAUCAAAGACUUGUCAAGUGACCAGUUCAGGGAACUCCUGAAGCACUUCUGCCAAUGCACUAAUGACUUCCGCAACGUAAUAAGGCAUGACAUGUGGAGGCAGAUGUUUUCUGACCUCUUUCAGGCCUGCGACACUGGGAAGAUUGGGAUUUUGGACCGGCAGAGGACAUUGUCGCUGUUGGAAAACUUCUAUGAUAGCAGCCCAGCCAAGGCCAGGAACAGAUUCAGAGACCCAAGAAAAUGGCCAGUGGUUGAGCUUGAAGAGAUAGAACCGGCCGAGCUCUGGGAAGACUCUGAGGAUGAAGACAGCUUGUCAGAGGAAGCCAGAGGAGAAUUCUCUGUCAGCCAGAUACAGGUGGCUCUUCCCGCCGGGCAGUCUGAUGUUGCCCUGGAGGACCUCCAGGGAUCUGGAGCUGAGCAAGGGAGGUCUGACCAAAAGAGCUCGGGCAAUUCUGAAGCCUCUCUGACCUCUAUAACUGGUGAUGGCCAACAGGAAGAAGUCUCUCUGGAGGAAGUGACCACUCCUAUUAAGAUGAGCUCUUCAGAGAAGCUGAGUGAACCUACAGGCCACUUGGGCAGCUCACUGUUAGGAUCUGAAACUGGAUCGAUGGCCAGCCAAGGGAAGAGUAAACCAGCUGCUGAGCAGAGCCAGGCUGAUCCUGUAGAAGGAAGGAUGGAAUUCCAAAGGACAAGUUGUGAAGGGGAGGAAGGUCCAGGAGGGGAGGAGGCCGCUGGAGAGGAUGCCACUGAAUUGGAGGAUGCCUCUACAGGGGAGGUUGUCCUUGGAGAGGAAGAUGUCCCUAGAGGCGAGGAUACCCCUGGAGAGGAAGAUGCCUUUGGAGGAGAGGAUGAUCUUGGAGAGGAAGAUGACCCUGGAGAGGAGGAUGCCCCUGGAGGAAAGGAUUCUCCUGGAGAGGAAGAUUCCACUGGAGGGGUGGAUGCUCCUGGAGGAGAGGCUGAACAGGGGAACCAAAGGAUGAGCCCUGACCCACAUCAGGAGGUCUCAAUGUUACAGCAGGAAGAUGAGACUACAGGCUCUUCACCAGGACGGAUUUCUGCAGCGAAUUCCUUUGAAGGACAAGCUCACACAGCAAAAUCCUUUGAGGCCACACCCCAGUUGAUAGAUGAGGACCUGUGGUCAGGUAACCUUCUGACCUCUGAUCUAAGCCUCAAGUAUAUCAAUUAUGGUGAUCACACACAGGAUGCCUUGCCCUUUGAUGAUCCCCGAUUUUCAGACUUGCGCUUGCUCAUGGCCGACAUUCAGGCCUGGGGAGAAACAAGGCUUCGAAGUCCCUUCAGUGAAAAAUCCCUCAAGCUGCCGCAGUUUGUACAGCUCCUGGAGAUGUUUGUCGGGGAAGAAACUUCACUGGCCACCAUCAAGAAGCUCACGGAGUUUUUUAAGGCAGGCUAUGUGGAGACUGAAGACGAGAAGAUAGAACAGCUAGAGAAGGCUCACCAUGAGGCCUUCCUGGCUCGACGCAAACUACUCCUCAGGGCCCUUUUUGAUAAGUGGGACAACGAAAGCUCUGGCUUCCUGGACCUGCGGGAAGUGGAUGCCGUUCUGGCCACUUUCAAGGAAGGAAUGGAGAAAGCAGCUCUGAAAAAAGCCAAGCUCCACAUUUUAUUACCAAAGCCACACCCUGGCCAAGAGAUCCGGCUCUCUCAGAAGCUGUUUCAGAACUACAUCGAAAUGAUCGUGGCCGAGCUCCCUGGCAAUGAAGAUGAAGUAAUGGACAACAUGGUGGAGUUCCUGUCAGCCAGCUUGGAGAGGAGCCACAGGGAGCAACUGCGGGGAUCAGCCAGACGCAAGUGGCUCCAUCAGGUCCGCCAUGCAGCUGAGACCAGUGGCAUGAACCUCGAGCCGGUGUACAAAGAGAUCUUUAAGGCGCUUGCCCAGGAUGCAGACAUCCAUGGAAAUAAGAAGAUCAGUGCCCACAUCGCUCUCCUGGAACAGAACCUGUUGCUCCCUGAGCGAGGGGACGUCCUUCUGAGGAACGUGGCUUGCACUCUAGAUGAUGCCCCAUUCGUCUUGAACAAGGUGCUUUACCGAGACAUGAAAGGAAUCAGCUUUGCAGUAGUAGAUCAGGGGACCCCCAUCCACGUACCCGAAGUUCAUUACCAUGGGAACGUCCACUUCUGGCAUGACAGCCACCCAGAGGAAGAACAGAAUGGCUCACUCCUGGUGGUACCGCUACAGGAUUCCCACCGAAGGGCUUUUGGGGUCCUGGCGGUCGACACACUACGCACACACUACCAGGCGCAAAGUAUCUUCCAAACCCAUGAGAUCAGCUUCUACCAGGGUGUUUCCAGAGCAUUCAGCAUCACCUACCACCACGUCCACGCUCGGGAACAUAUCCUGCAUGUUGUUGUCACUGCUACUGACUGGCUCCGUAACCGAGCCCCCUCUAUCAAGAGCAUAACCACCUACCUGACGGAGCCCACCUUGGGUGAGAUCUCAGACUAUAUUUUACGCAAAAUAAUGAUGACAGACCCCACAGGACAAACAGAAAUCCACACCUCUCAUGCUGUCCUCUGCAGAAAGGAAAACUUCUUCAGGGAUUACCUCUUUAAGUGCGGAGACUCUUCAGAAGUCAUUGUCACCCUUGCCUUCGGGGAGCACCACAUAGCCUUUCCCCUUCGGGAGACAUCUGGCCGGGCGCUAUGGGUAUUUGACAUCAACACUGGCCACAGCAGCUUGCUACCAUCCAAGGAGUUAAGAGAACUACAGAAAAUGCUGAAGAUCGUCCAAGCUGCCUGUUACGAGAUCCUGAAGGAGUUCUCAGGGGAAACAGACAAAAGCUACGUUUUAGAGAUUGAACGUGCAGGGGAAGUCAAGCGGGCAGGGAUCCUCUUCUACCGCUUCAUGCUGCUGGAACUUCAGGCGUGUAUCCAGAAACUUGACCCCCAGGCCUCUGCACAGUUGAAAGACUACAAAACCCCUCCCCGCAGGAUGCACAACAUCUUAAGGGGAGUCCUGCUGCUCCUUCAUCCAGAGUGGGCUGAGUCAGAGGAACUCAAGAGCUGGGAUCAGUGUAGACAGAAAGUCAAUGGUGAUUUGAUCAGAAUGGUUUGCAGUUUUGAUCCGACGGAUAGCAGUGUGCAAGUUCAACCUGAUCUCAUUGCUAAAUAUGUCCAAGGAAUCCAUAGAAGAUCGGUCAGGAGAUGUGGUUCCAUCCUGAUCGAGUACCUCUACAACUGGACACUUACUUGUCUGACUCUGUUAGAGCUCAAGAAGAAGCUUUAAUCCACGUUCAGGUCACCUUUGUCACCCAGGCAGACUCCCUCCUUGAGUGUCAAAAAGUUAGGAGGUUUGCUAAACUGAUUUUAAUGUCACUUUAUGCAGGAUUUUUUUUGGAUCGUAUUCGGUUUUACAUCUCUUGUUGAUAUGUGCUUCUAACUGGAGCGGAGGGUUCCUUUUCUAGCCCCAAACACACUUUCAGCACCUUAUUAAACCAACUGUGCAUGUAAGGAAAGGAUCAAGUCUUGAGAAUUUCUAAUUUCAAUAAAAAGUGACUUCUUUAUCUGAA